AUGGGGGCCCCGGGCACACCGAGGUUGGCACGGUUUGGGGGUAUCCGGGGCGCCCUCGGCGUCUGCGUCCGCCUGCCGGGCUGUACCAAGUGCCCACUGCUGAGGUCGCUGUGGGGGGCGCGGGUAGAGCCCCUGUGCUCACUGAGGUUCGGGGCUGUGGGUGGGUGGGAUGGUGCCUGGGCUGCUUUAGAAACUUUUAUUGCAAAAUGGAGCUGGAGUUGCAGUGAUGGAAAACGGAGGGGGCGCCGGAUAAGCCAGGUGUCUGCGUGCGAUCCCUGCCUGAAGCAGUCGGGGAAGGAGAGGAGUGCCAAAGUAUCCUUCCGAAGGGUCUUGACACUUGCUGGGCCGCCCGCUAGCCGGGCGCGGCUGUUCGCGGGUCCGCGGCGCCCCGUAGAGCCUGGGAAGGGAGGGGAGUCCAACUCGCUGGGCGUCCGUCUGGCGACCGGCGCAGGUGUUGGCCGGAAGCUGCAGGGACUCAGGGCCCGCGGCUCAGGCGCUCAGGAACUGGGAGUGAAUCUCGGCUUUAGCGGGCUUGCGUCUAGGGAGCUUAUCCCGGGGGUGCCGCGACCAGAGGGGAUUUGGGGGCUGGCGUCGCGCAGCCGUCGAUCCCGGGCCACCACCUCAUGGCCGCGCUGCAGCCUCGGGCUCCCGCGUGCGGCUCAUGCUUUGCAGGGGGCGGUUGGCGAAUGGAAGGGCUCCGGGAUGGGGCUGAGGGCGCAGAGUCCUAGCGUCGGAUGCUAGAGCGAACUGGGUCCGUCCGUGGCACCGCGCGCUUCCCUCCUAGAUCUUGCUCGGCCUCCCGCCUUACCGAAGUGGCUCAGAGUAGCGGACUCUCGGUCCGGCCGGGCCUUUUAUACUGCGCUUCCCCGCCUCCUACCCGUUCCCUCCCUUCCUCCUCCCCAGCGCCAGCCCAGCCCUUCCCUCCCUGCGAGCCAGGACCUAGUCCAUGCCUUCGCACACAUCCGCUUCGCACAUUUCCAAGCCCUUCCCGCGUCCCGGACGCCAGUGCCUCCGGGAUGGAGCCUCUGAAUUCUCCUUUGGUGAAUGAAAUUAAAUAAAUAAGCAACACUUUCUUGACGGCACGCCUCCCUUCCCCCCUCCCCAAUUUCCUACCUUCCUCCUCCGAGCCCUAGAAAGAUUUAAGAUUCUUAAUUCAACGGCUUUCGAGUUCUCCCAAGGCAUCUCAACCAAGUAUUAUCCAUAUUAAGGCAAACCCUUGCUCGGUUCCGAAGGUUCCUCCGGUCACCGCGGCACUUUGCAGAAUUUAAAUAGCGAUGGUUAAGGUAGGGUCUGUUGCUUGGACUUAUUUGUGCCCGGGAGAGGAAGGGCUUGCUGCCUCUUUAAAGAUGCCUGAAGCGUCUUUAAAAUUCUAACUAACUCCAGCAUCUUAUUAAUAAAUUGGCAGCUGUUCAUAGAGUCUGCUAUAUCUUUUCCUUUUCAGUUUUUUGUUUUUUGGGGUGGGGGGAGGUGCGAGGGAAGAGGGGAGAUGUUUGGAGGGGUACUUGCUUUGGAUUUGUAGGCAGCCGGGCCUGUCAGACAUCUUAUUUCUAUCUCUAGGCUCUAAAAUGCCAAUAAUUGUCACUGGAGUGCGGGUCGGGGGGAGUAGGGGGGGGAACGUGAAACAAUAACCGUCCAGGGUAGUUCAGAUGGGAGAUCAAAGAGGGGAUCCCAGCAGCCUUUAAAUCCUGGAAGGAUCCUCCUGUGUGUUUUCUAAUUAGGAUCACUUAAAAGGGAAAGGGCUGGAGAAUCAGCGCCGAAAUAGAAUAUAUAAAUUAAGAUGGCAAACUAGAAUCCCAUAGCCAAAGAGUUUUAAGGAUGGUUCUAACCUCCAGUUGUGCCAGAUUAUGAUAGGGCUCGCAGGAACAAAUGACUUUCCUAUUGCCAGAGGCAGGCUGGUCUGAAUUAGGAUCCGGGGCCGCUGUGUCCUGCCCUUUCAUCACACACAGUCUCCACAUGUAAGCCUCAGCUGCCUCUCCUCUCAUCUGA